UCGCCGCCAAUUUGGCAUUGCGAAAAGCUAGCCUUCGAUGGGUACGUUGCCAGGCUAUAUACACUGUCCGGUUGUGAGAAAGACAAGGCAAUGCCAACGCCGAACGUCCUACACGUGUCACGGGAGCUUUCCUACUUUGAUUGUGCGCGAAAAUGUAGUGGUAUGGUUGAUGAAUGUGGCUGGAUGAAUUUCAAGGAGAACGCUACAGCAGAUAACUGUGAGUUGGGGAAGACGCCAAAGGAUGCCGGCUGUACUGACCUUGUAGAGAGGAAUGGCUUCAGCUUUUACCUUAAGGAGCCGUUCUGUUCCCAUAACACCGCUUAUGAUCCUUUGCUAGAACUAUGUAAGGUUUGCCCAUUAGGUUUUACUGGGCGACGCUGUGAAGUCAGAGUUUAUGAUUGUGGAGAUUACUACCAUGCUAAAUUAGACUCGAAUAAAAAAGGCAUUGGCCGCAGACACAUCUGGCCUGAGAAGUCUAAGGAACCAUUCGAGGUUUCAUGCUGGUUCACUGGAAAUGGCCAGACUCUCAUUCAAAGACAAAAAUAUAAAAAAGACUUCAACAUGACUCGAAAUUGGUUUAACUACACAGAAGGCUUCUCGAUGUCCGGAAGCUUCUGGCUAGGCAACCGAUACAUUCACGAGAUCGUCGCUGGAGAUCGCCCGUAUAGGUUGCUCUUAAAGUUUGCAAGGUUCACUGACACUCCCUACACUUUGACAAUUGGUGGGACCUUUACGAAUUUCUAUAUAGAAAACGAAACCAAGAACUUCCAAGUUACCGUGACAUCGAAAUCGAAAUCAAAUCUCGCGAGGUUGCCAAAUGGUACGUACUUUUCGACGUACGAUAGAGACAACGAUGGCAACGCCAGUGUCAAUUGUGCGCAGGACUACGGUGGUGGGUGGUGGUUCGGGGUGUUUUGCGCAGAAGCGAAUGUGAACGGACCGCGACUGCUUGAGAGCGAGUGGAGUGCGGAAGUUUGGCCGCAGCUGUCUUGGGGGACCAAGGCCAGGACGAGUGGACUCAGGGAGUCAUGGAUGAUGCUUGAGGUGGACUCAUCGUACACUUACCCGGGGAGUUACUGACUUGUUGCUUGUAUUAAGUGAAAAUAAGUAAGGCUAACUAGAAGGAAUGUACUCUGCAUUUCAAAUUGAUUAAAAAAAACUUUAAAAAAAUCUCCUAUACAUAUAUUCAUAGAAUGAAUGAGAGCCGAGCUCACAGCAAAAAUAUAUCGAUAGAUAUAUAAGCUGUAAAGAGCUGGAAACGCGUUAAGAUGUAAUGUAGUAAUUCCCUUAUAUAGCCAAAAUUCCUGUCUUUUAUUUGCAUUUAUUUCAUCACCAUAUGUUGGGACUUUUCUAAUUUGAUUCCGGUACCACGCCAGGGUACCACCAGGACAGCUAUAAAUGGGUUAAGGAACGUGGAUGGAAUCGAACCGAAUUGGCUUACGCCGUAUGGUGGCAGCAUUAAAUCGAUUCUUUCCUCCAGUGCUCGUGGUACAUUGACGUUUAUCCACCGAAACCUUUCUUGCAAUUUGGCCGUGAUGACGUUAUUCCUCCAAGAGACGUGACCGGAAUUGGAGGUUUUUAAGAGUACAUAUAUCUCCGUCGUUAGUGCUUCUAUGCAGGUGCAUGGUUGACUUCCAGCUAAAUGGUGGAGUAUCCUCAUUGGAGCCCAUAUCCGCUUU